AUGGGUAACCAGGUUUUCUUCGACGUUCAGUAUGCGCCUGUCGGCACCAGCGCCCCCAAGACCGGCCGCAUUAUCUUCAACCUCUUUGACGACGUUGUCCCCAAGACCGCGAAGAACUUCCGUGAGCUGUGCAAGAAGCCCGCCAAGGAGGGCUACAAGGGCUCUUCUUUCCACCGAAUCAUUCCCAACUUCAUGCUCCAGGGUGGUGACUUCACUCGUGGCAACGGUACCGGUGGUCGCUCCAUCUACGGUGACAAGUUUGCCGACGAGAACUUCAAGCUUGCCCACGACAAGCCUGGUCUCCUCUCCAUGGCCAACGCUGGCCCCAACACCAACGGCUCUCAGUUCUUCAUCACCACUGUUGUGACCUCAUGGCUCGAUGGCAAGCACGUUGUCUUCGGUGAGGUUGCCGACAACGAGUCCUACCAGGUUGUCAAGGAGAUCGAGGCUCUCGGCAGCUCCUCCGGUGCCCCCCGCUCCAACGUCAAGCCCACCAUCGUCGAGUGCGGUGAGCUGUAA